AGAAAUCAUAAAUUUGUUAAUUAAAUAUAAAAUAUUCCAACAUAUGAAGCAUAAAAUGUCUGUAGAUAAAUCCUGCAGCUUGUGUUGUGGAACAUGUAAUGAAUAUAAAAGUUUGCAAAAUGAAAUUUACGAAAUUACUAUCAAAUACUUUGAUCCAGUUUUACUUACAGAUGAUGAUGACAGCAAUCAUUUCGAAGAAAUUAAGAUCCUUUGCCAGGAAUGUUGGUUGCACAUCAAAGAUUUUCAUGAAUUUCAGACGACUGUUAUGAACACUAGAAAUGUACUGCAGGAGAAAUGCUACUUUAAUGAAAUAUCGGUGGAAAUUAAACAGGAAGAUGUGCUGGACAAUGAAGAUGAAGAAGAUGUCUUUGAUAAAAGUGUUGAUGAUGUAAAUAUUAAAAAUGAAACAUUAGAAGAUGAUAAUGAUAAUAAUGACUUCGUUGAUGAUGUUAUGUCUAUAAAAGAUGAUGAUGACCAAGUUGAAAAUGAAGAAUUAUUAAUAAGUUUGGACAAAUCUGAGGAAAUUACAGGACAAAGCAAAGACAUAAAAUCAAAACAAUCAAAAUCUCGUAAACGCAGACUACCAAAACAAGAUACAGAAAAGUCUAGUAAUCAAAUUGAUAAAGGUUUAGAAUCGGAUUUGUUUAUAGCUGAAUGGAAACCAGAAUUACAGUGUGACUUGUGUGAUGCGGUGGAAACUAACUUGGAAAAUUUACGACGUCACUUUAGAAAUAUACAUAACGCUAGACCUUAUAUCAAAUGCUGUGAAAAGAAGUUCUACCGGCGUCAUUUAUUGGUCGAUCACAUUAAUUUCCAUUUAAAUCCAGAGACGCAUAAAUGCGAUAUAUGCGGUAAAAUCAGCUCUAGCAUAUCAAAUCUAAAAUUACACAAAAAAAAUAUGCAUGAAAAUACCGAACAAUUUGAAUGUGAAGUCUGCCACAAAGCGUUCAAUCUGAAAACCACAUUAAAACGACAUAUGCUGCAACAUGAAACGGGUAGUAAAGACUUCGUUUGCCCAGAAUGUGGAAAAGCAUUUCUUUCGGAAUUUUUGCAAAAAGCACACAUACGUACUGUACAUAAUGUUGAUCGUGUCUGUGAUCAAUGUGGCAAGACUAUACAUGGCAAAGCAGCUCUAAAACAGCAUUUAAUGGAACAUGCUGGCAUUAAAAAACCAAAAUUUCCCUGUGAUCACUGUGGUGCUGAGCUUCAUUCACGCAGCUCUCUAAAACGCCAUAUCUCGGCAUUGCAUGAUGAUACAACCGUAUAUGUUUGUAGCAUAUGUGGUAAAGUGGCUGCUAGCAAGAAUACACUAUUAGCUCAUAAGAAGAAUGUCCAUGAUGAGGAACGUAAAUACAAGUGUACAUUUUGUGAUAAAGCAUUUAAACAGCCUAAAAUACUGAGAGAACACAUAGCUUCGCAUACAGGACAAGAACUGUAUCAGUGUCCACAUUGUCCGCAAAGAUUCAAAGUUAGUUCGAAUAUGCAUCAUCAUCGUAAGCGAGCACAUCCCGUGGAAUGGGAAGAAGGAAGAAAAAAACGAAUAACAAAACUAGCAACCGAAAUUGAUGUAAAUGAGGUUAAAAAUCAAGUACUAAUUUAAAUAGAUUUAUGUGUAAAUAGUAUGUAAUGACAACGGUUAAGUUAAGUU